AUGGCCGGGAACCUUUUGAACGGCUUGGACGAUGGACGUAUCGAUAUGACUGCUUUUGGACCUUUCUAUUAUCAACUUUUGCAAGGAAUUUCGUCCUCCGCUGAAGUUGACGGUGUUGUUGGUGUGCUGAGUCAAAAAGUGGAAGGAAUAGAGUGGGGUUCUAUAAAGCCACUGCUUGAUCUUGUCGAUCAGUCACGGAGUGGCAACAUUACCGAUAUGGUCAACGCCAUCCAACAGUUGGCCCGGGCCACUAUAUCACUUUCUGUUUACUGUUCUACUCUGCAUGAAAAGCUCAAGGCUUCGCAGCGAACAAUUGAGACGCUACAAUAUCAACUCGUCAAGAAAACGGAUUCUAACCAUUCUAUUCAGCCUUCGCUAAAAUUUUCUGCGAAAAAUCUUCGUUCUCACUGGAUACUACCAGCACAGUAUCCGUUUGUGCAACUGGAUCUUGCUAGUGAGCUUCGUGAAUAUAUAGCUCCUACGCGUGCAAGUCAGAAGGAGUCAUUGGUUAUUACAGACUUUUUCAGAAGAAUACUAAAGAAGAUCCACACAAAUCCCCCGGACAUCCGAGAAUAUGCAGUAAGACUACAGUAUAGCGGGAAAAAAGCAUCAAUCAAGGACUUACCAGAGCCAGUCGUAAAAUUCCUUGUUGAUUUUGCAAUGGACGCAUCUGGCUUGAAGGCUGAUGAAUUGAUAAUUGGGGCAAAGGAGAGGUUAAUGGGUUCCAAUAACAGCUCGACUACGUUCUGGCGAGGAACAUUCCUCAGUCAGAUAUCCGAAAAUCUAGAGCUGUUUGGGACGUCGCGUUCGACUCUGACCACCGUCCAGUUCUUCUCAGCUUCAAGAUACGGUUCCACAAGCGAAACCGAGGAGUUCUUCUUCAACCGAAAAUCGACGAUGAAUGCAGAAGAAAAUUCCGCCAACGUGUGUCCAUUCAUGUUGGAGUACGGACCAGGAAGAAGCUUAGCGAUGCGGAUUCCUUCACAAAGUGCAUUCAGGACUACAAGGGAAACGCUCCCGGUUCUAUUGCCGCGGAAGAAGUUUGCCUUUGCAUCUGCGGAAACAAAAUCCACAUACAAUUCUGUAUGUGUCGCGCGCAGCGCUGGUGACUUCAACCAGGAAAAGCGUCUUAGAAGGAAGCUGCGUCGUCAACUGCAACAAGACCCCGAUAACGAGUGGACGUCAAGAGCAGUGGAGUUUGAGAAGGUGUGGGAGGACAGGAACCCGCGGAAAGCCUAUGCUCUACUAAAACAGUAUAGCGGCAAAAUGAAAAGAUGUUCCCCUGUCCUCAACACUGCCAAUGGGGUAGCUGUCGGUGAAACAACCCUUCCAAUUUGGAAGGAACACUUCAAGACCUUGCUGAACCGGCUAGCACCGUCCGCCCCUGAACUCGAACACGUCCAUAGACCGACACACGCGGUUAACGAGGAGCCACCGACCGUGUCAGAGGUCCAGAUCUGUAUUCAAAAAAUGAAGAAUGGAAAAUCUGGCGGAGACGACGGGAUUAGCGCAGAAAUGCUAAAAUAUCUUCCUCCGUCUGGGAUUCGUGAGAUGACAAAGAUCAUCCGUUCAAUAUGGAUAGACGGAAGGAUACCUGAUUCGUGGGGCCACGCUAUCAUAAUUCCCCUCCACAAGAAGUUAUCCGUCACGGACCCCAGGAAUUAUCGAGGAAUCUCUUUGCUGCGUGUUAUGUACAAGGUACCGGAGGUACUGGCUUUCGUCCUGGCCGAUCUACGAUUGACCCGGUGUUCAUGGCAGCGGUAUUCGAAGCCAAUGCAACUAGCGUUUCUGGACUUUGAAGCCGCGUUCGACUCUCCUCACCGAGGCCGUCUUCUCAACGCUCUGAGCGCCGAUGGAGUACCAGGAAAGUUCGUUCGCUUGCUUGAUGACAUGAAUCAACGAACAACUGCUGCAGUUCGAACACCAGUCGGAUGUACAACACCGUUUGAAGUGGUAACUGGAGUAAGACAAGGGGCAGUGGCAGGACCUUUCCUGUUCAAUUUCGCAAUCGACGACAUUAUGCGAAGAAUAGUCGACCAGUGUCCUGCCGACAUUGUUUUGGCAUCAUCUGGGUGCCCCUUGACUGACCUCGAGUACGCCGACGAUGUUGUUAUAUUCGCGGAAAGCAGUACGAAACUUCAACAUGUUGUCAGCCUUGUAUCGAAGCUGGCUGCAGCCUAUGGACUACGCCUACGCCCUGAUAAAUGCAAGCAGAUGUGGAUCUCUUCGAGACCACGAACGGGAAUCAGGGUGGACGGACAACCGAUAGAACUCGUCGAUGAGUUCUGUUACCUAGGCUGUACACUGAAGAACAAUGGCAGCUACGAGAGAGAUGUUCAGCAAAGAUGCGCUAAGGCCACUUCUGCAUUUAACUCCUUAACGAAAUGCCUGUUGUCGACCCCUAUCACCAACGAAGUCAAGCUGCGAGUCUACCUAUCCGCAAUUCGCCCCAUCAUGAUGUACGGAUCCGAGACUUGGACAGCACCAACUACGGUUAUGGAGAGGCUUGACUGCACGGAACGAAAGUUGCUUAGACGGCUUUUUGGCUACUUUUGGCCUAGGGUAUAUCACAAUGAAGAUCUUUACGCAGAAAUUGAUGUGGUAUACCGGCGGAUGACACGUGGAAAACAUCAACAUCUUGCACCCCCAUCGAAAGUGGCUAAAGUAAAUCGUCUUCGCUUCUUUGGUCAUAUAUUAAGGAGACCGGCAGAUCGCCUUGUUCAACGAGUUCUGAGGAGUUCGUUGGGUUCGAGCUGGAAGAAGCCACCUGGCCGAAAACGGAAGUUCUGGACUGAGGCGGUGAAAGAAGACCUGAGGACACUCGGCGUGGAUAGGCAGUUCAGGCGAGACGUAAGUUUCUGGAUUGGUCUUGGUCCAACUGAACAAGCAAGAGAGCAGGAGUGGGAGAGGAGAAUGUUGCUGUUAGCGACUUGGCCAAGCAAGAUACGAACGUCACUAUCGCAUGCGUUGGACGAUCUCAGACGUUAUGUACUAGUGGAUGGUAAACUGCGACCUCCACCCAAAAACUGCAAGAAACGUAAAUUUGGUGAAGAAGAUGCUGACGAUGAACCUCCGCUGUUUUUCAAACCAUUGGAUGGAGGAAUCGGUGUCUCAAGCUUGCUAGAUGGCUGUGAGCGCCAGACAGUUGAUGCGGAAGAUGGUUCUCCUUUGCACAUCAAAUCAGAGCAUGGAGAAGAGAGUCUGUUGAGUCGCAUAGGAAUCCGUGUACAAAAAACAGAUGACGUCGAUUGUAACUCUUCCUUCUAUGUAAAACCUGAGGAAUGUGAUCACAGCGUAGCUCGCCAAGUGCAGCUGAUGUAG